AUGGUUCAAUAUACAGCUUGUGUGUCUACUGGCACCUACGUGGGCUCACAGACUAAAGACUGGAUUUUACUCACCUUGGUGGGCACCAAGGGCACCAGCCCCCAAACUUGGCUUGACAACUGGGGACCGGACUUCUACUACGGAGCAGACAGCAAGUACAAAAUUACCUGUCCACAAGACUUGGGAGAUAUUUUGCUCAUCCAGUUCACCAAAAAGUCUUUGCUGGACCUCCAAGACAGUUGGUACUGCAACUUUGUCAAGGUGACAUCCCCACAGGGCAAGACAUACAAUUUUCCAGUCUACCAAUGGAUCGAAGGUCGCAGCACCGUGGCGUUCAGAGAGGGGAAAGCCAGAACUCCGGCUUUCGAGCCGCUGGACCCCCUCUCAGACCACCGGAAGAAAGAGUUGGAGGAGAGGCGGGAAUCCUAUAAGUGGAAGGAGUAUGCCCCCGGAAUGCCACACUGUCUGGAUGUCAGCUCAACUCGUGAGCUGGAAACCAACUCCCGAUUCUCUUUCACCAAAUGCUAUUUUCUUUUUUCGCGCCUCACAGUAACGGCGGUGGAGCAGAGACUGAAGGGAUACUCGACCAGCAAGAAGUCUUGGGAAUCCCUGGAUGCCAUCAAGAAGGUCUUCUCUUUCAAGAGGGAUGACAUGAUAGAGUACAUCAUAGAACACUGGAAGGAAGACGCAUUCUUUGGCUACCAGUUCCUGAAUGGGCUGAAUCCAAACUUCAUACGGAAAUGCACAGAGAUCCCACCUAAUUUCCCCGUUACCGAAGCUAUGGUGGCCAGUUCCCUGGGCAAGGGCACCACUCUAAUGGAAGAGCUGGAGAAAGGGACCAUCUACAUUGCCAACUACCACAUUCUGGAUGGGAUCACCGCUGGCCGGAAUAACAAGCUCCAGCAGUACAUUGCGGCCCCCAUCUGCCUGCUGCACCUCACACAUCAAGGGCAGCUUAUGCCUCUCGCCAUCCAGCUCAGCCAGAACCCAGGACCCGAGGCUCCCAUCUUCCUGCCCAGUGACUCUGAAUGGGACUGGAUCCUGGCCAAGACCUGGGUGCGCAACUCCCACUUCUAUGUGCACGAGGCCGUGGACCACCUGCUCCGGACACACCUGCUGGCAGAAGUCUUCGCCCUGGCGACCAUCCGCCACUUGCCCAUGUGCCACCCGCUCUACAAGCUCUUAAUCCCUCACAUCCGCUAUACCUUUAACAUCAACACCUUGGCCCGGGAAACCCUCAUCAGUAAAGACGGUGUCUUUGAUAUGGCAACUGGUCUUGGGUAUGAGGGCUUGAACCAGCUUUGCAAAAGAGGCCUAGAAGCCCUGACCUAUUCCUCGCUUUGCCUCCCAGAAGAUUUAGAGGAGCACGAUGUGUGUUCGUUGCCCAAUUACCACUACAGGGAUGAUGGCCUGGAGCUCUGGGCAGCCAUAGAGAGUUUUGUCUCCGAUAUUGUUGACUUCUACUAUUCAAGGGAUGAAUCUGUGCGGGAAGAUUAUGAACUGCAGGGAUGGAUAAAAGACAUCUUUACGGAAGGUUUCCUGAGUCGAAAGUCUUCUGGAAUCCCAUCCUCAUUCAAUACAAUAGUGGAGCUCAAGAAGUUUCUGACAAUGGUGAUUUUUACUGUUACUGCUCAGCAUGCUGCCAUCAAUAGUGGGCAGUAUGGACAUGGUGCCUGGAUGCCCAACUUCCCCUCCUCCAUGAGGAAGCCCCCACCUCGAUCCAAAGGCACAUCAUGCUUGGAAGACUACCUGGACACUCUGCCCGCCAUCAACACCACUUGCACGAUCAUUGGCACACUCUAUGUGCUUAGUGCCCCAACAGGAGACUCGGUAGCUCUGGGGAAUUACCCCAAUGAGUACUUCACAGAGAAGGAGCCACAACAGUUCAUCCAAGACUUCCAGGACCGCUUGAACGAGAUCUCCAGGAAAAUUGAGAAGAGGAACUGGUCUCUUCCCAUUGGCUACCAUCAUCUGAACCCUCCUGAGAUAGAGAACAGUGUCUCCAUCUGAGUAGGCUCAGUCUGGAAGGGGGCCUUGCAAGGCGAUGAGGAACAUCUGCCAGUUUUUAACGUUCAGAUUAUGUACCCUUCCCAUGCAGGGCCCGCUGCAGCUUCUAGUUGCUUCAGUCAAUUUGCACAAUUCUCUCCUUCCGCUUUAGCAGUGCCCACCUGUGUCCUGAUUGGAAUGUUUCACAAGCACAAUCCUGAUUUGCCUCUGACUUUCUUGGGAGAGGCGGCAUAUCUCUUUUCCAAAAGCACAAAUCAAUCUUGCUGUAGUCUUCGCACAAAUCAAUCUUGCUGUAGUCUUCGCACAAAUCAAUCUUGCUGUAGUCUUCCUUGAGCGUUUCCUUCGGAGAAGAUGGGUAGUCAGU